CUUUAUUAUUUUAGCAUCACGGCAGCAGGUUUCUGCUAAGUUUGGAGUUACUCUAGUCAUCACAACUGCAUGCCUGCUCGUUGUAGGUAAUAACCAGGGCUCAGCAGCACAAGGAGUCUGCAUGUCUAGUCUGUAGACAUGCUCAGCUUUGUGGAUACACGGAUUGUGUUGCUGCUUGCAGUAACUUCAUACCUAGCAACAUGCCAAUCAGGUCCCCGGGGAGACAAAGGCCCCAUGGGAGAUAGGGGUCCCCAAGGUCCAAACGGUAGAGAUGGUGAACCUGGUACCCCUGGACCUGCAGGACCUCCUGGGCCCCCUGGCCUUGGUGGAAACUUUGCUGCUCAGUACAAAGCCCCUGACGCAGGUCCCGGGCCCAUGGGUUUGAUGGGACCAAGAGGCCCACCAGGACCUCCAGGACCUCCUGGAGCGCAAGGUUUCCAAGGACACCCUGGUGAGCCUGGUGAACCAGGACAAACUGGCCCAGUAGGUGCUCGAGGCCCCACAGGUCCCCCUGGAAAGGCUGGUGAUGAUGGUAACCCUGGCAGAUCUGGCAAACCUGGUGAUCGUGGAACUGGUGGUGCUCAAGGUGCUCGUGGAUUCCCUGGAACCCCCGGUCUUCCCGGAAUGAAGGGACACAGAGGUUACACUGGUCUGGAUGGACAGAAGGGUGAGGUUGGAGCUGCUGGUGUUAAGGGUGAAACAGGCGCUCGGGGGGAGAAUGGAUCCCCAGGACUGGCGGGCGCUCGUGGUAUUUCAGGUGAACGAGGUCGUGCUGGCCCUGCUGGUCCAGCUGGUGCUCGGGGUAGUGAUGGGAAUGUCGGUCCUGCCGGCCCUGCUGGUCCUAUUGGCCCAGCUGGCCCUCCAGGUUUCCCUGGUUCUCCUGGUCCAAAGGGUGAGGUUGGCCCUGGUGGUCCUAAUGGCCCAACUGGUGCUCAGGGUGCAAGAGGUGAGCCAGGUGCUGCUGGUGCUGUCGGCCCCGUGGGUCCUAUUGGAAACCCUGGUAACAACGGUCUCAAUGGUCCUAAAGGUAGUGCUGGUCUCCCUGGUGUUGCUGGUGCUCCUGGUUUCCCCGGCCCCAGAGGUGGCCCUGGACCUCAGGGACCUGUCGGCGCUGCUGGGCCCAGAGGCAACAGUGGUGAUCCUGGUCCUUCUGGUCCCAAGGGUGAUACUGGUUCCAAGGGUCCACCUGGUAACGCAGGUCCCCAAGGUCAGCAGGGCCCUGCUGGUGAGGAAGGAAAGAGAGGCUCAACUGGUGAGGCAGGUCCACCUGGCCCAGCUGGCAACCGAGGAGGAAGAGGUGUUCCUGGAACUCGCGGUCUCCCUGGACCUGAUGGUAGAGGAGGCCCAGUGGGUGCCCCUGGCAGUCGUGGUGCCACUGGACCACCUGGUGUAACAGGUCCCUCUGGUGAUGCUGGCCGUCCUGGUGAACCUGGUCUCCCUGGCUCAAGAGGUUAUCCUGGAAACUCUGGCAAGUCUGGACCUCCCGGAAAGGAAGGACCCGCUGGUGCUAAUGGUCAAGAUGGUCGAUCUGGUGCCCCUGGUCCAGCUGGUCCAAGAGGUCAGCCUGGAAACAUUGGGUUCCCUGGCCCCAAAGGCCCUGCUGGGCUUCCUGGCAAACCUGGUGAAAAGGGACCUGCUGGUCCCGUUGGUGCAAGAGGAGCUCCUGGCCCUGAUGGCAACACUGGUCCUCAAGGUCUUCCAGGUGUUGCAGGUAAUGCUGGAGAGAAAGGAGAACAAGGUCCCGCUGGUGCUCCUGGUUUCCAGGGUCUUCCUGGUCCUGCUGGUCCUGCUGGUGAAGCUGGCAAAGUCGGCGACAGGGGUAUUGCUGGUGAUUCUGGUUUGCCGGGCCCUGCUGGUUUAAGAGGUGAGCGUGGUAACCCAGGCGCAGCUGGUUCUCAGGGUGCUCAAGGACCAGCGGGCCCACGUGGUCCUUCUGGUAGUCCUGGGACUGAUGGCGGCAAGGGGGAACCUGGUAAUGUUGGUGCUGUCGGUGCUGCUGGUUAUCAGGGUGCCUCUGGAAUGCCAGGUGAGCGUGGUGCUGCUGGCAUUCCUGGUGGCAAAGGUGAAAAGGGUGAGACCGGAUCAAAGGGUCCUGAUGGUAACACUGGCAGAGAUGGUGGACGUGGUGCUCCCGGACCAAGCGGCCCACCUGGACCUUCUGGUGCAACUGGUGACAAGGGUGAAUCUGGUCCUAAUGGUGCCUCUGGUCCUGCUGGUCCUCGUGGUCCCUCUGGUGAGCGUGGUGAAGUAGGACCUGCUGGUGCUCCUGGAUUUGCUGGUCCUCCUGGUGCUGAUGGUCAACCUGGUGCAAGAGGAGAGAGAGGCCCAGGAGGACCCAAAGGAGAUAUUGGUCCCCAAGGUCCUACAGGACCUGCAGGAAGCUCAGGACCCGCGGGUCCUUCUGGUCCAGGUGGUCCCCCUGGUCCCCGUGGUGAUGUGGGUCCCACUGGUAUGACUGGUUUCCCUGGUAGUGCUGGUAGAGUUGGUGGCCCUGGCCCUGCUGGUAUUAGUGGCCCACCUGGUCCCCCUGGCAAUGCUGGUAAGGAUGGACCCAGAGGCGCCCGUGGUGAUACUGGACCAGCUGGCCGUCCCGGUGAGCAAGGCAUGGUUGGUCCUUCUGGUAUGGCUGGUGAGAAAGGCCCAUCUGGCGAAUCUGGUCCUCCCGGUCCCCCUGGUAUCUCAGGUCCUAGUGGUGUUCUCGGUUCCCCUGGUAUUGUUGGUCUGCCUGGCUCAAGAGGAGAUCGUGGUCUCCCCGGUGGUGCAGGUGGCUCCGGUGAGUCCGGUAAACUAGGUCCAGCAGGUGCACAAGGCCCACGUGGUGCAGCCGGUAAUAUGGGUGCUCCUGGUAUGACCGGCGCACCAGGCGAGACAGGACGUGAUGGACACCCUGGUAAUGAUGGUCCACCUGGCCGUAACGGUGCCCCUGGCUUCAAGGGAGAUCGUGGUGAGGGUGGUCCCGCUGGCAUUGCUGGCGCAUCCGGAGCUCCUGGUGCUCCCGGACCAGCUGGUGCAGCUGGCAGACCAGGAAACCGUGGAGAAUCUGGUUCCGGUGGACCUCAAGGCCCCCUUGGCCCAGCUGGUGCAAGAGGUAUUUCUGGACCUCAAGGCCCACGUGGUGAGAAGGGUGUUGCUGGAGAGAAAGGUGAAAGAGGCAUGAAGGGACUCAGAGGCCAUUCCGGUAUGCAAGGUCUGCCUGGUCCUUCAGGUCCAAGUGGUGAACAAGGUUCUGCUGGUCAAACUGGUCCUUCUGGCCCAAGAGGUCCUGCUGGUCCAUCUGGUCCACCUGGCAAGGAUGGUCAGCCUGGACACCCUGGUCCUAUCGGCCCAGCCGGUUCUCGUGGUCCCAAUGGUCAAAGCGGUCCAACUGGCCCCCCUGGUUCUCCCGGACUUCCUGGUUUGCCUGGUAUCUCUGGUGGUGGUUAUGAAGUUUCUGGAUAUGAGGGAGAAUACAGAGCUGACCAGGCCACCCAAAAAGCCAAGGACUACGAAAUUGGUGCCACCCUGAAGUCCCUGAACAACCAGAUCAACAACCUCCUCACCCCAGAGGGCUCCAAGAAGAACCCAGCUCGUACCUGUCGUGACAUUAGACUCAGCCACCCAGAAUGGAGCAGCGGGUACUACUGGAUUGACCCCAACCAGGGCUGCAUCAUGGAUGCCAUCAAGGUUCACUGUGACUUCAGCACUGGAGAGACCUGCAUCUCCCCCAACCCUGCAAGCAUCCCACGCAAGAACUGGUACAGAAAUGCCAAAGACAAGAAGCACACAUGGUUUGGAGAAACUAUCAAUGGUGGCACUCAGUUUGAAUACAACGACGAAAGCAUGACUCCUCAGACCAUGGCCACCCAGCUUGCUUUCAUGCGUCUGCUCGCCAACCAGGCCUCUCAGAACAUCACCUACCACUGCAAGAACAGCAUCGCUUACAUGGAUGCUGAAGCUGGCAACCUGAAGAAGGCUGUCCUGCUGCAAGGCUCCAAUGAUGUUGAGCUCAGAGCUGAGGGUAACAGCCGCUUUACAUUCAGCGUGCUGGAGGAUGACUGCACUAGACACACUGGUCAAUGGGGCAAGACAGUCAUCCAGUACAAAACAACCAAACCAUCUCGCCUGCCCAUCCUCGACAUUGCACCUUUGGACAUUGGUGGUGCUGAUCAAGAAUUUGGUUUGGACAUUGGCCCAGUCUGUUUCAAAUAAAUAGACAUGAUAAAUUAAAAAAAAAAAAAAAAAUCUCUCUGCCAUUUCUGUUUUUAUACUGAAUGCUGAUUUCUUCUGCUCAUCCACUUGCUUAAGCUCUGGGCCUACGGACAAGAAUAUGGACUGAAUGGAGCAUUGUGCAAUGCAAUGUAAUACAGACCCCAAGAGACGUGGAAAUCACCUUGUUGUGGGACAUGUCAGCAUUUGUACAAUAAAAAAGUGAAAUAAAAACAAUGAAAGUACACACCACUUGUGGUCUUUGUAUAUCUUCCAAAGAGGAAGUUUAAAACUACAAACUCCGAGGGUUUAAACUACCUCAUAUACUUGUAUUAAAACCUGAUCCAUUUUAAGUCCUAUCGCAAAGGUGCUAAAUACAGAAUUACACGGCUUACGUGCUUGAAGCAGUGACAUGGUGCUACACUCCUUGCUGAGUUAAAAACAAGUCACUCCAAGUUUAAACCACUUUACUGUAUUACUUUGUAUUGUAUUUCAGACAGAAUCCUCUGCAGCUUAUCUGUAUACCCCGUAUUAAGCAUGUGGAUCAUUCCUUAGCCUUUUUUUUCUUUAUUCUUCAAUCCAGGUGUUCAUGCUUUAAGCACAUUUCUUCCAUUUGAAUGGGUAAAGGAGGCAUCUUUCUAAAAAAAAAAAAAAAGUUUAUUGUACCUAUUUUGUAUAUGUGAGAUGUUUAAAUAAAUUGUGAAAAGUUCUGAAAUAAAGCAUGUCCAAUGUUCCAAAACA